UCAGAAAAAAUGUUUCAAUCUUGUCCAAGGCUUUCUAGCAAUUCAGAUAAUCUAGAAUUGGAGCUGGGCCAAAUAUGGCCAAUAUCAUGGAUAUAAUUCUUCCAAUUCUAGAUCCAUAAUUCUUCUAAUGGCUGCUUCGGUCUUGUUCCUCUCCACGACGCUGCUUCUGCUGCUAGCAAACUCCUUCCACAUCCUUGAGGGCCGACUGAUCAAGCCACCAGCGAAGCCGCGAUUCAAGUCCCACGGCCCCUAUAACGUCGCUCACCGCGGAGCCAAUGGUGAGUUCCCCGAGUCCUCGAUCGCCGCUUUCAAGCGGGCCAUCGAAAAUGGGGCCGAUUUCAUCGAGACCGACAUUGGAUCGACCAGGGAUGGAGUGCUGAUCUGCAUGCACGACACCACCUUGGACGCUGUCACGGAUGUCGCCCAGCAUCCGGAGUUUGCACACAAGAAAGCUAUGUACGUGGACGAGGGUGUUAACGUUACUGGGUUCUUCGCGGUGGAUUUUACUCUUCAGGAGAUCAAGACGUUGCGGCUUCGUCAGCGGUAUGAUUUCAGAGAUCAAUCGUACAAUGGUCUGUUUGAAAUUCCAACUUUCGAGGAGUAUAUCGCUGUAGCUCUGGAAGCUGAUCGUGUCGUUGGAAUAGAUCCCGAGAUUAAGAGCCCGUUUUUCAUCAACAAGCACGUGAAAUGGCCGGGUGGAGAACUAUUCGAGGACAGGUUUGUGAAAACUCUACUCAAGUAUGGCUACAACGAUCCAUACAACUCGCAGAAAUGGUUGAAGCAGCCAGUGUUCAUCCAAACCUUUGCGCCAACCUCGAUUCUCCACAUUGCCAACAAAACCAAAUCGCCAAAGAUUUUCGCUCUUGGACCCGCGGACGCUCUCGCCCAAGACACAAAGCUGCCAUACUCCCACUACUACACCGACGAGUUUCUGGAUUUCAUCGCCAACUACGUGACCGCUCUCUCCACCAAGAAGUUUUUGAUCGUGCCGAUGGAUUCGAGCCACAAGAACUUACCCGCGACCGAUUUUGUGGAGAGAGCUCACGUAAGAGAUUUGCUCGUCCAGACAGCCACUUUCAGCAACGAGGCACAGUUCAUGGCCAGGGAUUUCGCGGCGGACCCCGAGCAAGAAUUCGAUUACUUCAUAAGAAAAGUCCAUGCUGAUAUCAUACUCGCUGAUCACCCGGCAACUCUAUCGCACUACUUGAAAUGAAAGUAUUAAAAAAGAGUUUCUUUGAAAA